AAAAGAUCUGGCAAAACUCUGAGUGUUCGUGAUUACAGCAUCAUCCUUAGCUUCGCUCGCUGGACAGGCCUCAGAGAUGUCGCAGAUACAUUCUGGAAGUCGAUGCAAAAUGAUGGUAUCGUGCCGGAUCUCACCUGCUACAACAACUAUCUGGGUGCUAUUGUCUCGAACCUCCGCCACGAUCCUAAUGUCAGACAUGCCCGACGGAUGACUACCUUCAGAACCGAAACGCGAGCUAAGCCGAAUCCUCGCACAAGAUAUGCAGCGUAUCGUUUUGGUACUGGGGGUAUCAAAGAAGACGUAAUGGAGCUUCAUCGAGAGAUGCUGAAGGUCGAUAUUGUGCCCAACGAGGAGACCUUUCGUCUUCUCAUCCUGGGUGUCGGUCGAGAAGGAGACCUCGAUGCUGUCAAGAAGCUCUUGAGGCAAGUAUGGGGGAUCGCCGUUGACGCUAUCGUAAAUGGCGUGAAAGAGACGAAUGCAGGACAUGAGCUUGCUAUCUCGCCGACGUCUCCUCUCUACCCAACUUCGUUCUUGGUCUAUGCCGUCGCACACGUUUUCGGUAUCAACAACGCGCUCCCAACAGCUCUGCGACUCGUGGACCAUAUAUCGCAGACCUACAAGGUUGAAGUCUUCGACUAUGUGUGGCAUGAGUUGCUUGAAUGGACAUUCGUACUGUCUGCACCUCGUCAAUUGUCUAGAGGAGAGCAAGCCGUCUUACCGAAAGACAGCGUACAGAAGCUGUGGGAGGUCAUGCGGAACGAACCGUACAACGUACGCCCCACAAUGGACAUGUACAACAAGCUGAUCAAGAGCCUUUUCUAUCAACAGAGAACUCAAGACGUGUGGCACUAUAUGUGUGAAGCAUUGCCGCUGUACAAGGCGAUGCGCACAGAGACUCGCACACUGAACAAGGCAUUGCACAGAGUGCUCAAACUUUCUCAGCCAGUCGGAACGCUACAACAAAAGUACAAUCGCAGCAGGCUCAACGAGAAGUGGGCGCGUCUGUUGCUCAGGCGCUGGGUGCGUCUUCUGCUGGCGAGCAUGCGCUCAUGGCGUAGAGUCGAUAAAGAUCUUGCCUGGAGCACUAGACUGAUACCUAACAUCGUUCUCGAGUGGAAGGAGUUCAUGCCCAGCAAUGUGUGGUACGACAUUGCGGCAGGCAGGGUGAGCAUAAAGUUUCGAAGGAACGAGGAA